AUGUUCCUGCUACCGGUCACGCUUCAAUAUGACAGCUGGUGGGGCGAUAACCAGUUGAUUGCCAACAACAGCAGCUGGAUGGUUGGGAUUUCCCUCAGCAUUGCCCCGGGGUACUACGUCCUGCGACGUGAGCUCAUUGCGCCGCACAGCGCUGGGACAGAGGACGGUGCUCAGAAGUAUCCCCAGUGCUUUAAUCUCCAAGUUACUGGCUCGGAAUUUGACAAACCGUCGGGUGUGGUGGGCACAGAGCGUGACAGCCCGAUGGGAGCAGGCAUCCUUGUCAAUAUCUAUACAUCUCUUCUCACAUAUGUUGUGCCCGGCCCCACACCUUACAGCGGCCCUAUAUCUUUGUGCAGUAUUCCUUGA